AUGAAUUAUCAGAAUGUGAAUCAUCAACAGCAGCAGCAGCAGCAACAACAACAACAACAGCAGGGAAUCAUUGAGCCGUAUUCUGCAUAUCAUAAUUAUCAGCAACAAGUUCCCGGCUAUUUGGGCAAUAGCGCGGUUCCCCAACAGCAUCAUGGUGAUGCGCAGGAUUCUUUGGGGCUGGCUGUCUCCGGCACCGGGGAAGCUCCGGCGCAGAUUAUUCAUAGACCUGUAUAUGCGCCGCAGCAACAGCAACAGCAACAACAAGAACAACCGCCGGCGAUGCCAGCCACAAAGGAGAUGGAAACAAGACCGACACAGCCACAACAAAAACCUCAAAAGAAGAGACCACGCAAUAAUCCAAAAUCUAGGCCAACAGUCCCGGAGAUUCCCAAUGUCGCCAACCAAUCAACAGACCUACCAACAAUACCAACAGUCGACAGAGUCCCCUCCGGCAAAGAGCGCCGCCGCACACAAAUGCGCAUGGCCCAACGAGCCUAUCGCCAACGCAAACAGAACGAGCUCUCAUCUCGCGCAAAACAACUCUCUGAAAGAGAUGAUGUUAUUGCGCGAAUGAAGACGGCGUUUGAUUUGUUGCAAUCAAGGCUUGGGACUGCAGAUGUCUUGAGUGUUUGUCCAGGACUGGAGCAGCCGAUUCGUGAGAUGGAGAGGGGGUUUCAUGCAUUGGGGCAGAUGGCUGGGGAGAAUGCGCCAGCAGCAGAUCAGGUAGCAGCAGCAACAGCAGCAGCAACAGCGGCAGCUCCAGUGCCGGUAGUUGAAAGUGGCCAGGCUGAUGUGCCGGUAUUGGAGUCUGGUGUUGUUGGUCCAAACCAACAGCGGCAAUGGACUAGUCCUGAUUUUAGUAGUGACAGCUCUGGUCCGUUUGAUCCUCUAAAUCAACCGAGUUAUCAAGCAUUUAGUACUGCAGAAUCGGCACAGACAUUUGAGCUCCAUCACCAAUACCCGAAUGCCUAUCAACAGUAUACUGGUCGACCUGUACCAGUAACAACCAUGAACGAAAUAUCCCUUCCUUCUCCCGCAUAUAUUCCACCACCGACAUCAUACAGUUUCCAAGAAACAACAUUCGCACGCAGACUAAUGCGCAUAUGCGUCGAACGCGCGCACGACGUUUUAAUUAAGGGUGGCCUGUCAACAUUAUCACCGAAAGAAGCCCGAGUCUUCAAACUAGCUUACCGAAUAUGGAGCCGAGACUAUCUCGUGGAAAAGUUCCAGAUGGCUUUAACUGGGGCUGUUGAUCUGUACGAUCCAUCUGUUCCUUUUUUACCCCUGGGUGGCGCAGGGACACAUUAUCUUCAUUUGAGAGAAUCGCCAUCGGCGAUAACGGCAUCUUCAUCAUCGGACUAUCACCACAACCAAAACCAACAGCUUCAUCUAUCAACAGGACCAAUCGUAACAAGCGGCCCUUUAACAACCCACACCGCACACGUCCGCCACGAAGGACCCGACACAAGUCUAACGGGCAUCAUCUCCUCUCUCGGUCUGUUGAACGACGCCAGCGAAUGGUUCGACGCCCAAGACAUAGACGGCUAUUUACAAGACAUGGGUAUUCGGCUAGAGCCGCAUUCGACCACCUAUCGGUUCUCGGUACCCGCAAAUCCGGGUAUUGCUUCGAGAAGGACGAUGAUGAACCAGAAUCCGCUUGCCAGUGUUGUCAAUCCAAGUGUUGGUAGCGGGGCCUCAAAGAUGAUGGGCGGGGAGCAGGAGUAUGUACCUGCUUACGUGGAUGUUGAGAGGUUUAUUAAUUCACUGGUUACGAAAGCGAUGUGUCUGGGAAGAGUACCUGGUUUCAGGAAGACGGAUGUAGAGGAGCAGUUUUACAAUUCUAUCGAGGUGUUGCCAUCAUAG